CUUCCGCUUUUUUGGGGACCACACUCGGGACUUCAAGCUGCUCUCCAAGAUGUCUUCCCCCUAUUCGGUCACCAGCCUGUGCUACAGUCCAGACACGUGUGAGCUGAUUUCUGGAGCCAUCGGAGUGGUGGCUUUUUGGGCCUUGUUGAUGUUGGAGGUUCCCUCCAUGAGUGUCACGCAGGAGGUGUGUGUGGCGACUGGCGAGUUUGUGCACUUUCUGAAGGUGGAGCCGGAGCGGAGGAUGCUGGUGGCCCUUUGCGAGAACGUCAUUCGGGUGUAUGACUACCAGACCAAAGCCCAGAUCCGCACCUUCCAGAUGAGCCAGGGGGUCUCUCUCACCUGCUGCGCUGCCCAUUGGCCCCAGAGCUUCCUCUACACAGGAGACCUGGCUGGGGACGUCAAGGUCUGGAACUUUGACACGGGUACCCGUGUCAGGGACUUCAAGGCCCACCAGAGUGCCAUCAGCAACGUAAUCGUCCGGAUGGCCGUGCACAGCUUCAUGACUGCCUCCUUGGAUGGGAAGCUGAAGGAGUGGAACCUGACGACCUGCGAGCUUCUCCGGCGGGUGGACAUUGGGGAGGAGGUCUUCCAGAUGCAGUUCCUCAACGAGGAGACUUUCUUCCUCCGCACCCAGUACACCUUCUCCAUCCGUAUGGUCAACAAUUUCUACCAGCUCUUCAGCAGGAGCAAGUCCUCCCUCAAGAGGCUGGUGCGUGUGCAAUGUGGGCCAGACACAGCCCGCCUCCUGGCCACCACGGAAGACGGGGUCGUCCGGUUCUUGUCCCCUGUGACGGGAGAAAUGCUGUUCGUUACCUGGCCCUUCCAGCUGCUGGAAAAAGCCCUGGAUUAUGUUUAUGACCCAGAUCGAGAGGAGCUCCUGGUGACAAUGGGCACGAGUGACAUCUACGUGCUGGACACCACUAAGAACCCUUGCCCAGCCAAGUACAUUUUGCACACGACGGACAGCAUGGACGACAAGGUCCUGUGCUUGGCGUACAGCCGCCUGGACCUGGAUGGCCGGGCCACCAGCUUCAUCUUCAGCGGGUUCAAGAGUGGCAAAGUGCGCUCGGUCACUCAGCAGCUGUACCGAAUGGGCAGCCGCAAACUGCACGAUGGCAACGUGGUGGCCCUCAGCAGCCUCUCGGGCUCAGGGCACCUGCCGUACCACUCACGGGAAGCCUCCUUCCUCUGCUCCUACGGGCUCGAUGAAUACAUCAUCCUCUCGGAAGUGAUCUUGAAGAAGAACAGCCUGCUGGAGGUGCUCCCCCUGGUGGUCAUCCCCAGCACCAACUGCAGGAUCAACAUCCUCCUGCUCAUCCCCGGGUACAUCUGUGCCUUGACGGACCAGAACCGAGUCCGGCUGUGGCGCCAGGCAGCCCUGGUUCCUGGCGCGAAGAACCCCUUCUGGAAUGAGACGGCAGCCAUGCACUCGAGCACCAUCACCUCUUUCGACUACUGCCACGCCCUGGGCCUCCUGGUGACCGGGGGCUCCGACGGCUCCGUCCGCAUUUGGGACCUCCUGGGGAAAAUGCUGGUGGACUUUGACACCACCCUCAAGUUCAGCCGCGUCUGUUUUGCCAACCAACGGGGGGACCUGGUGGUGGGCUGCAGCACGGACAUCUACUUCAUCUCCUGCGUCACGUACCUGCCAAGGAAGCCCCUCGCCAGGCUCUUGACCCAGCGUGUAAGGGAUGACGCAGUUGAGCGUCCACUGCCCUUCCUCCCCCGCUUCCUUCUUACCUUCGACAUCGUUUUUGUGCCCAAGUACCUGCAGGUGGGCAAGCAGGCCAAGAAGUUUGAGCGGAUGGAGCCCCUCACCAACCACAAGGAGGUCGUGAUGGAGAAGAAUGUGGCCGUGGUGGUGGAGUUCGUCGGCAGGGAUGGGGGCGUCUUUCCCGGCCCCGAUUUCUAUGGGCUGCCCCCACCGCCCCCCAAGGAAACCCUGCCGGAGUUUGCGGUGGAGUACCAGCUCAUUUCGCAGCCCGCUCUCAGGCUUUCCUUGGAGAAGAAGCUGGCCCCCCCACCGCCUUACCGUGGCCUCCCACGGAUGGUGCAGCAGCUGCCCUUGCUCCAGACCAUCCGCUUCCAGCAAGGGCACUCCUGGCCGAUUGCUCCCGACGGCUACGUCCCCAACUCAGUCAUCCGGGCUCACCUCUUCCCCAAGGGGACUCCCCCGGACCUCUGGUGCCCCUUGCUGCCAACCCGGGACCCCCUGCCCAGGAGGAAGCUGGUCAAGGUCCAGAUGCCGGAGUGGGACACGUCCGAGCUGAUGGAGAAGGCGCGGAAGAAAAAGGCCCAGAAGAUGAAGCAGACGCCCUCGGGCACCAGGUCCCACCGGGACCUCUUGGCGGAGAUCAUGAACAAGCGCUGGCUGAGGCACAAGCCCAGCGACACCACCCUGCCCGCCAUCAUGAAAGCCAUCCUCAACCUCAUGGACGACGUCCCCUACUCCACCUACCUGCUCUGCACCUCCGCGCUGGUGCAGCUCUCCGAGUCCUACGCGCUGCCCGCCAGCAUACAGGAAGCGGCCUUUGAGCGUCUCAUCCAGGACACCACCCACAAGGAGGUGAGGAUGCGGCUGGCGGCCUGGGAGGCCUUGGGGAAGAUGGACCUCCUGGGUGAACAAGAGGUGGUGCCCCUGGCCCAGGCCCUGAUGGACGAGAACAAGACAGGGUGCUGAGCCAGAAAGAAAGAGCCGCCUUUCCUCGCAGAGUCCGAGCGGCUGGCAUCGUGGCCAGCUCGAAGGAUGAAGCCAUCUACGCCUUGACGGAGGGCACCGAAAGGCUGAUGACCUGCGUGGAGAAUCAGCUGACAGCCAACCUCUUCCUCAUGUCUGAGUAUCCCUUGCCAGAGGCCCAGUUCUUGGGGCACCCUGCCUCUCCCCGGCACAGGCGCAUCUCUGGAAAACUGGCCGAGGAGUACGGAGAGCCGGAAGGGCUAGAGGCAGGCCAGGCCCGGUGGAUGGGGGUCUUUGGCCGCUCGGGAAGAAAAGAGGUCGAGGCUCGAGCUGUCACCGAGGGGGCCAAGCAGCCCUCCCCCAGGAAGCUGCCGCGCAUCCAGCAGGCCCGAGGGAAGGGGGUCGCCAUGGCGCCAUUCCCUGAAGCCCCAGAGAGCAGCAGCAGCCCCAGCCGGCACGCCACCAGCGCCAGCGGCUCCCCCACCACCAGCAGCGGCAGCUCCGGCACAAGAGAGCUGCGGGCCGCCAAGAAGGCGCAGCGUGAAAAGGAGAAGCUGCGGCAGGCCAGGGCCCCGCCCUCCGCUCCCCAGGAGGUCCACAGGCUCAGGAAGCUGCGGAAGCGGGCCCAGCCGAUUCUCCUGCAGCGCCGGGACACCCGCACGCAGCUCUACUCGGAGAUGCUGAAGAGCACGAAGGUCCGGAAGGAAACGUCGGCACCGUCGGCAGUGGUGCCUCCGGCGAAACCCAAGGCCGGCGGCAGCCUCAUACAGGCCAAACCCAGUCCUGUGGAGCCACCCACACUGCCCCCGGGCCCCCCGGGUCCCCCCGGGCCCCCAAGUGCCCCUUGGCCCCCCGGGCCCCCAAGUGCCCCUUGGGCCCCCGGGCCCCCAAGUGCCCCGGGCCCUCCCCCCAAAGGCAUCCUCAUCGACCCCAAGCAGCAGUAUGCGGCUGACAAGUCCAACUGGCGCACCGACCUCUACAAGCUGAUGAUGCUGCGCAUCUCCCCCUCGGUCGAAGGGCGCACUGUAGGGGAGGACUUCCUGGCCUCCGCCCAAAAGGCCCUCGCCGGCCAGAGGCUCUCCUGGGAGCUCCUGGCCGACCUCAGGCAGGCCCUGCUCAGCUCCCAGGAGAAGCUGAGCACAGAGCCCCCCGCCUGGAGGAAAUACAUGGAUGAUUUCGUCAAGCUCUCCCUGAAGGAGUCGUGGCUCCAGCCGUCGGAGGAGAGCUUGGAAGCCGUCUUGGCCGUGAGGACGGCUGAAGACAGGACCAGCAGCAGCUCGGAGCCGGAUGAGCCCAGCCAGGACGAGGCGGAGAAGGGGCCGCGGGGGAGAGCCACAGUGGCAAAGAAGAAGAGCCGCCGGCAUCGCGGAGCUAAAGUGGGAAAGCUGCUCCAAGGGGCCUCCGAAAAAGAAGCGAAGCCCGUAGCUAAGUUGUCUGAGAAAUGGGGUGCCAGGAUGGAAGAGUUUUCCAAAGGCAAGCAGGAGUCGGUGACCAGGGCCAGGGAGCAGGAGCUUGCUUGGAGCAGAGAGCAGGUGCCUGCCAGGGCAAAGGAGCGGGAUCGCCCCCUGGAGAAGGAGCCCUCCAGAGGCAGAGCACGGGGAGCAGCGUCCUGGAGGCGGAAGGAAGCGGAAGCUGCUGAAAGGGGAGGAAAAGAAGGGGCUGUGCAGAAGGAGGAAGGCUGGCCUGCAGGCGAGGAGGAGGAGGAGGAGGAGGAGGAGGAGGAAGCAGAGAGGGCCCAGGAGGAGCUGCCCAGCGUGGAAGAGCUGCCCCUCCCAGUGGGCUCCCAGAGGAUCCUGACCCGGCUGUCGGAGGACACGCUGACCAAGAUGAGGUGGGCUCCCAGAGGAUCCUGA